AUGAGUCCAUCAGCAAAGGGGCCCAAGAACAAAGUGGUUUCCAAGAUGCAAGAUGAGAAACUACAAGACAAGAUAAGUCAGCCUGUCUGCAAAACAAUUGAGCGGAACCGACUUAAAAUGGUAUUAAGAAAUUUGUCACUCUUGAAGCUACUCAAGAGCUCCAACCGCAGGAUCCAAGAACUGCAUAGCCUAGCAAGACGGUGUUGGAAUUCAGUGCUCAGAGUUCCGAAGAUGCUCCGUAUUUCCUCUGGAGACAGUGUCUGCAAUGAAGUGAAAAAGAAUAACGAAAAACUCCAGGAAGCUAGAUUCCUUGAGAAGACACUGGAGAAUAAGAAAGAAGAGUCUACGGAGGAAUCUAAGGAGACAAGGGCCGAAGACUGGAAGCCCGAGAUAGCAUCAGAGAAAAGGAACAAGGAAAAGGAGCCAACUKUAACAGUGCCACUAGAUCAGGUGGAGCCUGAGGUCCCAAGGACAUCGAGGAGUCAAGGCUUGAACACUGGAACACGGGGGAAGCAACUAUCUACUGGGAGCCGCAGAGUCAUCUUCCUGAAAACCCACUACCACAGAAGUCCUAUGGGGGACAUGAAGCAGUUGGAUACAGGUGGCCAGAAUAUCUGGUUUGAGGGGCUGCCCAGACGAAUCCAYCUCCCAGGGCCCCGCGUCAUGUGCAGACCCUCUAGCCUGCGCUGGGUCAAGCGCUGCUGUACCCGCUUUUGCUCUGCAUCACUUGAGGUGCCUAUGUACCAUUCAUACAAGGUGGGUGUGACAGGGAGGUGCACACCCUGAGCCAGAYGCAGAGUCCUAGAGUCAGUAGGCUCAGGAUCCUAAGGUUUUUAAA